AUGUCGGCGAGGAAACGUGCCAGACUGGCCUGCAAUCCUUGCCGGGAGCGCAAAAGAAAAUGUGAUAGCAAUACGCCAUGCACCUCAUGCACACAAUAUGGCUACGAGUGUUAUUACACAGCUACGGUAACCGUUCCUACCCGGCAGAGAAGGCCACGAGCCCCGCAUACUGCGUCACCAAAGCACCUCCAAGAACAUGUACCCUCACUUGACGGACCAAAUCUUGCAGCUGACAGCACGACCGGCGCUGUAAACACGGCCCGUUCUGGUUUGGUCCAGCGGUUAGAGGGGAACUCGGGAGCAGCAUUCGUCAGAAGACUCGGAUUGAAAAUUGAUCCAGCCCGCGCGCCAAAACUCAAUCUCUUUGGCUGGAAUCUGGGAGCUCGGCAGCUGUCCACACCGUUUGAUGCAACGCAGCCGGCGGUCGUGCUUCCCGUCGUCGAAAUUACGUCACUGGAGCAUUUCGAAACCCUAGCCCGAGUCUACUUCGAAAAAGUGCACAUAUGCUACGGGUUCUUCGAUAAGAGGGCAUUCCUUGAGCGGCUCCACCAGCGCUUUCAGCGACAGACACUCUUGACGUCUCAACAGCCCAAUGUGUUUGACGGUGUUCUGGCGGGUGUAGCCGCCCUCGGGUGCUUGUUUUCACAGCAAAUGGCCACCAUGACGGAACUACAGCUUCUUCACACAGCAUUCCACGCUUUGAACAUGCACAAGCUUGUAGGACCCCCUUCAAUUGACCUCAUCAACGGCUGGAUAUUGCGCACCAUUUACUUGCGGUUAACGGAUUCGCCCUACACAGUCUGGAUAUCUAGCUGCACAAUGAUGCACCUGAUCGAGGCGUCGGGAUUGCUCGCAGAUAUCCCUGCUUUUCUACCGCCGAGAGAGCAAUGCGAUCCAGAACUGGAACAGCGGAUGGUGGGUGUAGCGCAUCACCUAAACGUGUGGACGUCGUUCGAUUUGGGUUUAUCGCGAGUGGCAUAUCUGAAGACUGAGCUUUCGCUUCCUCCGUCCCCCAUGAGGGAUGACGUCACGACAGAGCUUCUGGGACUUCUACCCAUGUCAGUCAGCUUAGAUCCGGUGCUGUCGACGAAUGAGACCGACCUAACUUCGACCUUGUCUAAACUCCUCAACCGGCAACACACGCUGGGGCCUUCCCUAAUGGCGCAGUGCAAUCUAGUCCUCUGCAUUCUCCGGCGGAUACAUACACAGAAUUUGGACAUUCCAUCAGAGCUCGCCGAGCAGGUUUUGAUACUGCUCAAAAAGGGCUUGACAUGUGCCCGAACUCUGGUAACGAAUUGCAGUCCAUGGCACCAGGUGUCGAACGUUCCCUUCCAGACCGUUUGCGUGAUUCUAGUCAUGGAUACGCGCUCUGCCCUCGCUAUGUUGCCAGAGGCUAUGCAGACGCUGUAUCUCAUCGCAUCUAUCUACGACACGGAACGUAUGCGCGAGGCGUGCAGUACAGCCCAUCUAUUGGUGCGGCUCCAUCAGCAGCGCCGGAAAGAUGACCUUGCUGUACUUGGCGAGGCCCUCAAAGCACAAAACCAGCACAUAUGGGCAGAAUCAUCUGCCAGGGUGUCAUUGCAGACACCGCUACAACCGUCGUCGUCGGAACAGGCGCAGCCUGACCCCAGCGCUGAUGAGUUUUCCUGGCUGGGGGCGUUGGUCGCAGAUCUUCCCGGUCUUCAAAGAGUCGACUUUGAAGAGUUCUUGAAUACGGACAUGAUCGAAAGCAUGUCCCUAAUAAAUGAACCAUGGUCGACCCCAGGCCCAACUCGUAGUCAUUAA